AUGGUUGGUCUUCCAGCCAGAGGUAAAUCCUUCAUUUCACAGAAAAGUAAGUAUAUUGAAUCUAUAAAAACCUUUAUGUGGAGCAUUAUACUAACUAUUUUCAAAUCAGUUGUUAGAUAUCUUUCUUGGUUAUCAAUUAAGGCUAAAUCUUUUAAUGUUGGUAGUUAUCGUCGUCAAAAUCAUAAACAUCCAGAUGCUGAAUUUUUUGAUAUUCGUAAUAAAGAAGGUUGGCAAAAAAGACAAGAAGCUGCUGAACAAGCGGUUACUGAUAUGAUGAAUUGGUUUAGUGAUGAACAAGGUGUUGUUGCUAUAUUGGAUGCUACUAAUGCUACUAGAGAAAGAAGAGAUUGGAUCUUAAGAUUAUGUAGAGAAAAUUCAAUUGAACCAAUGUUUUUAGAAAGUUGGUGUGAUGAUGAAAAAAUUAUUAAAAAAAAUAUUUUAGAUGUUAAGGCAACUUCACCAGAUUAUGAAGGUUUAAAUCAAGAAGAUGCUUAUGAAGAUUUCUUGAAAAGAAUUGCUAAAUAUGAGGAAAAUUAUGAACCUUUAGAUGAAAUUGCAAGUAAAGAUUUAACAUUUGUUAAAUUAAUUAAUGUUAGUCAACAAGUUAUUAUAAAUAAAAUUGAAACUUAUUUAGAAAGUCGGAUUGUUUAUUAUGUUAUGAAUCUACAUAUUAAACCAAGAUGUAUUUAUCUUUCAAGACAUGGUGAAUCAAUGUAUAAUCUUGAAGGGAAAAUUGGUGGGAAUGCAGAUUUAAGUGAACGUGGUUUCCAAUAUGCUAAAAAAUUACCUGAAUUAGUUAAACAAUUGGCUGGUGAUGAUCAUCAAAAAUUAACAGUUUGGACUUCAACUUUAGUAAGAACUCAACAAACCGCGGAACAUUUACCUUAUAAUCAAUUACAAUGGAAGGCAUUAGAUGAAUUAGAUGCUGGUGCAUGUGAUGGAUUAACUUAUGAAGAAAUUGAACGUAAAUUCCCAGAUGAUUUCAAACAACGUGAUGAAAAUAAAUAUGAAUAUCGUUAUAGAGGUGGUGAAUCUUAUAGAGAUGUUGUUAUAAGAUUAGAACCAAUUAUUAUGGAAUUAGAACGUCAAGAAAACAUUUUGAUUAUUACUCAUCAAGCAGUAUUAAGAUGUAUUUAUGCAUAUUUUAUGAAUGUUCCACAAGAAGAAUCACCAUGGAUGUCAAUUCCAUUACAUACACUGAUUAAAUUAGAACCAAGAGCUUAUUCAACUUUAGUUCAAAGAUUAAAAGCUGAUAUUCCUGCUGUUAGUACUUAUAAAGAAAGAGGUACUUCAAGAUUAGGUGAAAUUGAAGAUGCAAAUAAUAAAUCUAAACAUUUGAUUACUGGUGAACCUGUUAGUGCUGAUCAUCCAUUAGCAAUUAAAUAA